GCCUGAGACCGAGCACCAUGCCUUCAAUUAAGUUGCAGAGUUCCAUUGGAGAGAUAUUUGAAGUUGAUGUUGACAUCGCCAAACAGUCUGCGACUAUCAAGACCAUGUUGGAAGAUUUGGAAAUGGACGAUGAAGGAGAUGAUGAUCCAGUACCUCUACCAAAUGUUAAUGCAGCAAUAUUAAAAAAUGUCAUUCAGUGGUGCACCCACCACAAGUAUGACCCCCCUCCUACUGAGGAUGAUGAGAACAAAGAAAAGUGGACAGGUGAUAUCCCAGUUUGGGACCAAGAAUUCUUGAAAGUUGACCAAGGAACACUAUUUGAACUUAUUCUGGCUGCGGACUACUUAGACAUCAAAGGUUUGCUUGAUUUUACAUGCAAGACUGUUGCCAAUAUGAUCAAGGGGAAAACUCCUGAGGAGAUCCACAAGACCUUCAAUAUCAAAAAUGACUUCACUGAAGAAGAGGAAGCCCAGGUACACAAAGGGAACCAGUGGUGUGAAGAGAAUUGAAAUGUUAUGCCUGACACUGUAACACUGUAAGGAUUGUUCCAAAU